CAAAAGCUGACAUCCCCUAAGAUCAAUACUAAACCCCUUCUUUUAGCCGAGCAUCGUUAGGAGCUGUCAGAGCAUCGAUUAUCUGCUAGAAAGAAUGUUUAAAACAUUUCAUCCCUCCUCCCCCUGAAAAUAAUACCUGUGUCGAAUCCGGCUCUACAAAAUCACUGGCUUUCGUUAUAAACCUUGCGUAUAUCAUUUACAAAGGAGCUUAUCUCUUCAAUACUGAGGUUUUGGUUCUUGCUGGAUUAGUUGGAAUCGUUUUCCAUUUCGCCAACAAAGUAACAGUACGAGCGAAACCAUAUGUACAUGAAUGAAUUGUGUUUUAUUUCUCUUGUUACCAUCGUCCAUGUUCAAAAACAUUAUAUAUUGAACAUCGAGAACAGACUAAGCUAGUGUCCACGUCAAGGAAUAUAAGAAUUGAUGAAAAGGAAAAAAGGAAGCUGAAAGAUUAAAGAAACAAGGUGCUUUUUACCUUUUAUUUUAAACUGAGAGACAUGGUUUCCCGAACAAUGCUGAUGUUAUUCUCUUCAUUUGUUAUGCUUGAAGGAGCUUCAUCCGUUCUGGUGCCUGAUGAACAGCGUCUGUUUGAGGAUUUAAUGUUCGGGUAUGAGAAGAGUGUACGACCAGUGAUUAACGCCACCAAAAUACUUAGUGUCACAUUCAGCUUAAAACUUAACCAAAUCAUCGAUCUGGAUGAGCGUCACCAAGUUCUCACAACAAAUGUCUUCAUUGACCAGGCUUGGAGAGAUGAAAAUUUGAGUUGGGAUCCCGCCAAUUACAGCCAGAUCCGAUCUAUUCGUGUUCCGUCAAAACGAGUAUGGCUUCCAGAUACCUUCAUAUACAACAACGCUGAUGAUGGAUCUACAGGUUUCAUGCAGGGAACAUAUGUCCUACUUAAUUAUGACGGCAUUGUGGUGUGGCCAGUUCCUGUUAAGUUAAAAAGCUCUUGCAAAGUGGAUAUUACCUAUUUUCCGUUCGAUGAUCAGGAAUGUAUUUUAAGGUUUGGUUCCUGGAUAUACAGUGGUUCAUGGAUAGACUACCAUUCACUUCACAAUGACACGGAGUCUCCAGUAGAUCUCACUGCUUACGUCAACAACAGUGAAUGGGAUCUAUUAUCAGUAACAUUGAAGAAAAAUAUUCGAACACACUCCUGUUGUGAGGAUCCACAUCCAGACAUCACAUAUGUUCUUCAUAUCCGACGGAAAACUUUUUAUUAUAUUUUUAACAUCAUUGUUCCUUGUGUCAUGCUAUCUGCCUUGACAUUGUUAACGUUUUGGCUUCCGCCUACUUCAGGGGAAAAGAUAACCCUCGGGCUGUCGGUUUUCCUGGCAUUUUCCAUGUUUAUGCUACUGAUAGCUGAAGAAGUCCCAGCAACUUCAGAAUCCGUCCCAUUGAUAGGUAUAUAUCUUUGUGUGGUGAUGACGAUGACGUCAUUGUCUGUUAUAAUGGCUGUCAUCGUAAUAAACCUCUACAACAGAGGACAUAAGACAAAGAGGGCACCUGCAUGGCUGAGACUCAUAUCUCUCGUGUGGCUGUCCAAGAUCAUGUUUCUCAAGCAUGACUUAAUCAAGUUUGCAAAAGACGUAAUUUUAGAAGAUGAGAAAAAAGGCGCCUAUGUCUGCAAGAAACAUUCAUUUUCAACCAAGCAAAAGGAUGAUCUGUUAUACCAGGAAUUAGAAACUCUGUCUCUGGAAAAUCAAUUCAUUCGGAAUAGAAGAAAAGUUAGCAAGGCGGAAGAAGCUUCGCCAACAGCACGAGAUAAUGAAAAUGAGGAAGAAAUGCAACCGCUGAAUGAAAUUCCUGAAGAUACAAAUAGAUCACAGAAAGACUGUGGAAAUUCUGAUUUGGAAGAGCCUAGAGACAAUAAUAAUACAACCAAAGACAAACCGCAAAAAAUGACAUCAAGGUCAAAGACACCGGAAGUAUGUCGAACCUUUUCUUCGUUGUUUCAAAGAAAAUUAAUUGUGGCCGAAUGGCAGCAGAUUGCAUCUGUGAUUGACAGGGUCCUGUUUUGGUUUUAUUUCCUCAGUACCGUGGCAUCCUACAUUUUAAUUCUAGUGGCUGUGCCAAACUAUAAUUACAGAAAGUGGAACGAGGAACUAUGGCGAGAACAUAAUAAUUAUCACUCUAUUUGAUUUCCUGUUUGAAGUUUCAAGUACUACUUGCAAUGUGAUUGUUCUACUUUUUCAAAAUCGUCUUUUUGGAACCUUUUCAAUUUUCGAUGCAUUUGUGUCUGAAGGUUAAACUAAUUUUGAAGAACACAGCCGUUUCCAACGAAUGAAUUGAUCUUUGAAAUAUUUCAGUCACUCAAAAUACGAUAUACACUAAUAGAAAGGAACAUUCUGAAAAUGAGAUGUGAAAUAUAUGUGUAGGCAUUUACAUAGUUUUGUUUUUAAAAAAAAUUCAUAUAAGGAAAUACGAAGCCACUUUGAAUCACUUCUAAUUUAAGUUUACAUUAAGUCUGAUCAAGAGUUUCAAGGAUUAGCAUCAACCAGUCCCAGGAAAAAAACUGUUACACAUUUGAUAAAAUUGGCUUUUUAACAUAAAUCAUAAAACACAUCUGAUCAAUGAAUUUACAUUUUCCUAGCAAAUUAUAGCCUGUCUAAAAUUACAAAAACAAUUUAUAUAAACAAUGAAAAAAUCAUUCAAAAUAUGAAUCGGUAGUUAUUCUUCAGUCUCUAUUGCAUAGAAAUUGUCGGCUUAAGAGAAAUACAUUUGUUCAAUAUCAA